UCAAUGGCUGUCACAGGGCUCCUGACAUGGUGGCACCAAACCGCGCGAGCCAAAGGGAGACGAAGGCUUUCAUCUUCCCUCCGCCCGGCACCAAGGGCUGAAAGGCGGCUGCCCCCGCCCCUGCCCUCCGUACCCGGCGGCGCCAGGAGGCCUGGCCGGGGAGGACGGCAAGCCGCGGCGGCGGCCGCCCCUCGGCCGGGGAGGGGACAGAGGCAGAGCCGCCACCCCCGCGGCGGCGGCCGGUUGCCCCGGCGAAGGCGACGCCAGGCAGCAGCCUCUGCGCCAACAAAAUGGCGGCGAGCGGCGGGGUCCGGCGGGGUGGGGGCCUGCCCGGGGUGCGGAGAACGCCCGGCGGGCACCCCCGACCCCCCGCCGCCGUGGGGACCGGCCUGGUGAGCGGCGAGUUGCUGGCCAAGGAGGCGGAGUACAAGCGACUGAAUGCAGAACUAGAAGCAAAAACAGCGAAACUAGUGCGUCAGGCUGAAGAAAUAAUGAACGGCCAACAGGAGAUACUAUCUAGACCAGUUUCAGUACAGUCUAAGUCACGUGAAGACGGCAGACAGAGAGAUCCACUCUGUCCUGAAGUUUCAUCUCUUAUACACUCAUAUGCCAAGCUAGCAAACAAGAAGAAAUGUGCUUCCGUGCCAAUGGCUCAGAACAGACCGUACUCUGGAAGUAAGGGAAGAAGAACAACUUCAAGUUCAAAAAUAAGAAACCCAGAAGUACAAAGUACUGAUGAUGUUGCAGGACUGGAAGAUUGCGUAGAUUUUUCUUUAGCAAAAACAAUAAGCAAAAUUGAAGAAAAACUAGAGAAAGGAGGCUUACCGGACUGUCUAGAUAAUGAUGAUAUUAUUCCAAGCAUUGGAAAUGAAAUGGGAGCAGAAGCUCGAAUCAGGUUUCUUAAGGUAAAGUUACGUGUUACGCAGGAAGAGCUGGAUAGCGUAGUGUGUGAAUGCAGGAAAAAGGAUGAUGAAAAUCAGAAUUUAAAAUCUCGACUUAAAGAUAUGGAAGAAGAAAACACCAGACUGCAACGAACAAUCAGUAUGCAACGUUCUCAGACUGAAAAGUACAAAAUGUUGUCUCAAGAAGCAAAAAAAAAAAGCGAAGUGUUACAACAAGAGGUCAUUGCGCUAGAAAAGGACUUGGAGAAUCUAAAGCGUGUACAAAAGCAGGCCACAACCAGUCAGAGUGCAAUAGAGGUUCGCUUAAACAGGGCCCUGGAAGAAACAGAAAGGUAUAAAGUGGAGCUGAAUAAACUGAAGCAAAGUACCAAGGAUGUAGCUAACCAAGAACUCAAAACAAUUGAAGAAUUAAAAACAGAAAACAAGAAACUGCAGAAACAAAAAGGAGAGCUAAUGACAGGUUUUAAAAAGCAGUUGAAGUUAAUUGAUAUUUUAAAGAGACAAAAGAUGCACAUUGAAGCUGCUAAGAUGCUUUCUUUUACUGAAGAGGAAUUCAUGAAAGCUCUUGAGUGGGGAAAUUAUUGAUUCCAUAAAAAGACAACUUCUGCUUGAAAUACAAGUCAGAUGUUACAUUAUUUUGGCACUGUAUAUGAAUGCUUGUUAAUAAUAAUAGUUGAUAACUGUAUAUGCCAAUGAACUGAUUUUGUUGGUUUUGCUUGUGUUUAAAUUGUUUAACUUUUAUAAGCCUGAUAGCUUAUGUUGUGAUAUCAUAUGACAUACAAAUCUUUACUGAAGUUUCAGGCCAAACUGUCCUUCUGUAAUGAGCAGAGAAGCACAGACUGUGCAAGGAAUAUUCCAAUAAGUGAACUUUGGUAUCAGUUUACUCUGUUCCAGCAUUUAAAACUAUACCUUAUCUAAAGUAAUAUUCAGUCCACAGAAGUCAGGGUUUAGUCUCAGAAAGUUCCUCAUUGCAACAGAAAUAAAUUAACCAGUGAUCCAGUUGAGAAGAAAAUGUCAUGUCCUUUUUAAAACACGUGGUUGGAAAAUUGGCCUUCUCUGUUCUCUGUAACAGAUCUCCCCUCAACGCUGACUGGUCUGGCAUCUAAUUUAAGCACCAAUAGCUCUUUCAUAGAAAAGUUCAUAACUUGUUUUAGCUUUUACAUCUGACACCCUUGGCUGGCAAAUACAUACACGAGACUUGCCCCUCACUAUCCAGAUCGGCUCCGCAAUCUAAUACAGUUGUAUUGUUUUAAAUUGCUACUUUAUUUAGUCAAGGUGAAAAUACUAAAUCUUUCCCUGGUCAUUAGCUGCUGCUUCGGGAUACAGUCAAGGAGGGAGGGCUCCCUAUUCAUAGGUGCUCUACAAGCAUUACAUCCUUCAGCAUUUCAUUAUGUCUUUAUAAUUAAAGUUUGAGUGUAGAUGAGCUGAGCAGAACACCGAUGAACAGGAGCGAUAAAAGCCUGUGCUGCUUGCCUGAACCUUUGUCAAACCUCGGCUGUUCCAAUGGAUUCAUCCCUCAGUCAUUGAAUAGGAACAUAGCACAUAAAUAGUAAGUUUCUACACUGAAACAAAGGUACAAACGGUGAUUCUGACCUCAAAAUGGAAAAAAAGUCUCUGCUUAGAUCCUCCUAGCAAAGUAACGUGAACUAACAGUGAAACAAGUAACUCAAACAUACCCUUUUGAGAUGAGACAAACUACAGUUAGAUUAGUAUUUUUAUAGUGUAAUGCCAGGGCAGAUGAGCCUUUC